AUGGUCCAAAACUCUGGACUAGUACCAACGAACACCCUCGGUGUGCGGCUUGGGCCCUUCUCGCGGUCAUCUGGUUACGAUCUAGGGACCUUCAACUCUCAGCAUCCACCUAGUCGACAGCCUUUCAGUCUUGAUCAUACGACCAACUACGAGAAUGAGCCGACUGCAUACAAUCCUCAGUCAUCAUACAUGUUCCCCAGCUCGCAUCAAGGUAUCCUGCCUGACUAUUGCGGCCUUGCAUGGAACACCAAGGCAUGGAAUUCUAACGUCCAGGUGAAUAACGCCCAGAGCGGAGCAGCAUUUCCUACCCAAGAUGCAGAGAAUACAUUUACCCCAUCCUCAUAUCCCUUCUUGUUCUCAGCUCAAGGGACUCAAUCGACUGACGUUCCAAUGACAUGCACGCCGUCGGAUGGACAAGGCGCCGCUCGGACAUUACCAAAAGUAUCCGGCCGCAGCCAGCUCCAGAUGGGUAUGUCUUCUCCAAGCGCGACUCCUGAAGCCAUGUCAGGAUUGCUGUUAUCCCCGGAAUAUAGAUAUGGACAUCAUCUAGCCGCAAGAGCCUCCAUCUCGAGUAGUGGCCUUCCGAGCAUGCAACUUGGCUUGAACGGGAACUUUGGUGGUAACUCCCUGAACCAGACAAGGAAGGGGAGUCAGUCAAGUGCUCCGGACAUAAUGUUCGAUUAUCUGCCCAUAACGUCGGUCGGAACGCCCUCACACCUUGGUCCCUCUACUGGUACAGCACUCAAUGCGUUCGAGACGCUUGAUUCAGCCGAUGACUUCCGAGCGGCCACCGAAGGCCGAUCAACAAGAUCAUUUUCCCGGGACAACGGACGUUUCAUAUCUAUGAUGGGCUGUGGCUCAGAUAUCUACGGAUAUAGCAGCAGUGAAAAGAGCAAGAACCGGUCUGAGACGGGCGAUACUGGAUCCACGGCCACCCUGAUGAACGGUCUUCCCUACACGCGCCCGAGGCAUGCCGAUACUCAUAGCACCAUACCAUUCGAUCUCCUUGCGACCGAUGUCCUACCGGAAUAUCGGGCAUCGGCCGAGCUGCAGCGAACAUCCGUCUCAGCUUUGAGUAACCCGGGCGGAUUCUAA